AUGAGCGACACAGCUAGGGAGGGAGGACGUGGUGGCUCCGGUGCAGCUCAUAGCGUGGCUAGGGUUUUGAUGGUGAGGGGAUAUGAAGUUUUUAGGGCAGGAGCAGGGAGGAGCUACGGUGGUUUUGGCUCGUGGCGAGGAGUGGCUGCGGGGUGGAGCGCAGCUAGGUUUUAUGGCCUAGCGGUGGUGGUCGGUUGGGAAUGUGGUGGCAGCGGGAGUGAGGGAAGAGGUGCGGGAGAAAUGGAGAUGAAGGCUGGUGAUGAUGGUGAAUGA